ACAGACAAAUGCCUCUGAUGGAUGCAAUUCAGUCGUGCAUUUGAGUAUAACAAGUGCGCACUCGCAGAACCGAGAACGAAAUACACGAAUAUAUACUUUCACGGAGAUGAUUUCGUGGACGAUCGAUUGUCUGUUUGAUUCGUUUACUUUGAUAUGCACUACAGUGAUCGGUGUACUGCUUUAUUAUUAUUCGACGUCCACGUACGACAAAUGGAGGAAAGUAAACGUGCCUCAUACGAGGCCGGUACCGUUGUUCGGCAACUUGUUCAGAAUGAUAUUUGGGCUCGAUAGCGAAAACGAGACGUACCAUAAAAUUUACAAACAAUUUCCGGAUAAGAAAAUCUGCGGAUUUUAUCAGAUGAGAACGCCGUACUUGAUGAUUCGUGAUCCGGAACUCAUAAACAACGUGCUCAUCAAAGACUUUGCGCACUUCACGGACCACGGAUUCGAAAUGGACCCAUCCGUGAACAUUUUGGGGGGCAGUUUGUUCUUCAUGAAUGGUCAGAAGUGGAAGAUUAUGAGACAAAAAAUGAGCCCGGGUUUUACGUCAGGUAAACUCAAGUUGAUGCACAGUCAGAUCAAAGAAUGUAGCAAAGACAUGAUUAACUACAUCGACACGAAAUCGAAGACGACUGAUCAGUUCGACGUGCACGAUAUCAUGAACAAAUACGCCACUGACGUCAUAGGGACGUGUGCUUUCGGUUUGAAAUUAGGUAGUAUGACAGACGAAGACAACGAAUUUCGAAAGUAUACGAAAUUGUUAUUGAAACCGUCGUUUAGACUAAUUUUUACCUACCUGUUGCAAUUGAUUUCACCAAAAAUGUCGAGUAUUUUAAAAUUGAGUUCAACCCCGCCGGAAGUUAUGGAAUACUUUAACUCGUCAUUUAAAAAUGUAAUCGAGUAUAGAGAAAAGAACAAUUUGAAUAGGAACGAUGUGGCACAAACACUUAUGCAAGCUAGAAAAGAACUUGUACUAAAUAAUAUCUCGUAUCCCGAAGAGAAAUUUACAGAAAUGGAUAUAAUUUCAAAUGCAGUUUUAAUGUAUUUUGCUGGUGCCGAACCGGUAUCUGAUACAUUGGCUUUUUGUUUAUAUGAGUUAGCUAUGAAUAAACAUAUACAAGACAAAUUACGUGAACAUAUUAACAGAAUAAAAGAAAAACAUGGUGGCGAAUUUAGUAACGAUUAUUUGAUGGAUCUCCAUUACGCUGAUAUGGUUUUAACAGAAACAUUGCGUAAGGUCAACGGAACUAUUGUUUUAUUUAGAGUAGCUACUAAGGCUUACCAAGUUCCGAACUCGUCAUUAAUAAUCGAGAAAGGUCAAAAAAUAAUAAUACCGACUUACAGUAUUCAUCAUGAUCCAAAAUAUUAUACUAAUCCCGACGUUUUUGAUCCGGAAAGGUUUUCUCUAGAAGAAAAAUCUAAACGACUUAGUGGCACUGAAUUAUUGUUUGGGGACGGACCUCGAUUUUGUGUUGGUAAACGUUUGGCUGAAUUGGAAAUGAAAUUAGGUCUCUCAGAAAUAAUUUCGAAAUUUGAAGUUUCACCGUGCGUAAAAACUGAAAUUCCCAUUCAAUUUGCGAAGGCUGGAGGUGCUAUCAGACCAAAAAAUGGAAUUUGGUUAAGUCUAAAGCCAGUCGUUGCGGUUUAAUAGUUACCUAUUCAAUGAUUGUACCUAUUUUGAUUAUAGUUUUGUUUGUUUGCAUAGUUCAAUUUAUCAAAAUUUUAUAAAUAUUUAAUUCAUAUAGGUACUCAAUGAUUGAACGAUGAAUAUUUUAAUAUACUUAAUUUUAUUGGAAUUUAUAAGUUAGUAAAUUUGAAUAAGUGGUUUAUGUUAAUGAUUUUUUAAUAUUCAUAUAAAUUAUUAUAUGUUUUUUUUUGUCUUGCGAUGAUUCAAAAUUGUUGUGUGAAGUAUUUGUUUUAUGAAAAUAUCAUACUAUGAAAGUAUGAAUUAAUUUAAUUUAGCAAUUAUGUGUUGUAGUAUUGAAUUUUUUUUAAUGAUAAUGAUAUCUAAAACUGAAAAUAAAAAUAUAUAAAGACA